UCACUUACGACUCUUUUUACAGGAUUAAGCCUUCACCUUUGGCAUAAACUGAUACAAGUGAAAAGAAUUAAUUAAAAAGAAUAGAUUACCCCAUUUUUUUCUAGUUAGUAAUAUGUCAGGGAAGCUUUCUUAAACAUAAAGUUGGUCGGAUAUAUUCUUUCUGCCACUAACAAAAAGAUAUAUUCCAGCUUCAAUUUAGUCAGUCGAGUGAUAGGAAGUGUCUGCAACUCUAAGUAGAUGAUGAUCCUUUGCAAUAUUCAGAGAGAUAAUUCCCCUUUUCUUAUUCUUGUUCUCCUGUUUUGAUAUUUUCAAAACAUGUGUGCGACUCCAGCAUGGAACUUGGCAAAGGAAUGCUUGGCACUGCAGUGUAGUAGUGUAGUGGUGAAUUAGCAGAACCCAGAUCAGAACUUCAUGAACCUAUUACAAAGAUCGAUCGAGAUCAAUCUAGAGGACUUGCAAUCUGCAAAUUUGCAUGAAGAAACAUAUGUAGAAGUACAAGAUGGAUGGAUCACUCUUACAGAGUUGAUCAAUGCUACUCGAAAUUUUAGCCCUGAAAUGGAAAUUGGCAGGGGAUGUUUUGGAAUCAUAUACAAGGCGGAACUGCAAAAUUAUCAGGCUGUUGCAGUGAAGAAACUUUCUCCUCAAUCAGAAAAAAUAAUCAAUCUAACAAUAAAUGAAAUUGAGACCCUAAAAUUGUUGAAUCAUGAGAAUGUUCUUCCGUUGUUGGAUUUCUAUUCAAGUGAAAUUUUGAACUUUUUGGUUUAUGAAUACAUGGCAAACGGCUCCCUUCAUAGAGUCUUGCAUGAUGUAAGUACCCCAGUCAUCCUCAACUGGGAAGCAAGAUUCAAUAUCUGCCUUGGAAUUGCAAAGGGUCUUAUGUACCUGCACUCCAAAUCUGUCGUUCAUAGGAAUAUCAAGUCCUCUAAUAUUCUGCUCAAUGAAACUCUUACUCCUAAAAUAUCGAACACCGGAUUGGUAAAGGAUAUUGAGGAGGAAAAUCAAAAUAUGUUCACGCAAGCAUCUGUUUUGACGCAAUCAUAUAUGGCGCCGGAAAAUGCUCAGCAGAGCGAUAUCACAGAAAAAGUUGAUGUGUACAGUUAUGGAAUUCUUUUGCUUGAAAUAGUUUCUGGGGAGGAAUGCAUAGACCAUAAAAAAAAUGAUAAUCAUGUUUCUCUCUUAGACAAGGCUUUGGAUUUACAUGGCAAGGGGAGGCUAGUAGACUUGGUAGAUGGAAGGCUGUCCAACUUUAACACGCAGCAAGCCAUCUAUGUAUUGAAAUUGGCAAUUAUGUGCACAAAUAUGUCACCUAGUCUUAGGCCUGCAAUGAGUGAUAUUGUUGUGGUACUUGAAGGUGACAAAACCAUUGAGCAGAUUUCUGAAGUUCACAGUAUCUCUUCUUGACUUUAAGAGGCUGUUGUGUCAUCCUCUUUGCUUAUAUUCUAUUGUAAUAGUAAAGCCAGAAAUAGUCAUUUGAAGAGAGUAUUAUUCUCUAAGAUAUUACAUGUGAAACCAUAAAGUCAUAGUUGAAAGGAAUAAAAGAAAUACAAGGAACGAUCCAGUGUAGAAAUCAUUGAAUUCCAGGAAA